ACAGUGACAAUUAUCCUAGAAAAAAAACAUGUACUUAACCACUGGACGGCAAGCCAACAUUACUGCAAAAACAUAAUAAAUCUACGUAACAACAAAUUAACUAUCAAAAGAAGACAUCUUUGACAGCAAGAGGGGAAAUUCUUAUGAUCAGAUACAGAUCAGAUACUAUAUAGAUGUGACAGGCUCCAAUUUUCGUUGAUACUAAUAUCCAUUUCCAUGUCCUGACAUAGCUCUGGAUCAUGGAGAAGGGGCAGGAGAUAGGAGCGUCAGCCGGCGAGAAAGGUUCAGAGCAGCACGCCAUUGACGUCCGCCCCGGCGAGCAUGGCGCCAUCGGAGUCGUCGCCGGCGCCGCUGCAGAAGCACCGGAGAAGGAGAGAUUGGCUGUUGUUGAAGAGGAGCCCAGGAAGAAAAGCAAGAGGGUUGCAGCUCUUGAUGCCUUUAGAGGGCUAACCAUUGUGCUAAUGAUACUGGUGGAUGAUGCCGGUGGGGCUUACGAGCGGAUGGACCAUUCACCAUGGAACGGAUGCACCUUGGCAGAUUUCGUCAUGCCCUUCUUCCUCUUCAUCGUCGGCGUCGCAAUCGCCUUCGCGUUGAAGAGAGUUCCAAAGUUGGGUGCAGCUGUGAAGAAGAUCACCAUCAGAACACUGAAAAUGCUCUUCUGGGGCCUGCUACUGCAAGGUGGAUAUUCACAUGCACCGGAUGACCUGUCUUAUGGGGUGGAUAUGAAGAAGAUAAGAUGGUGUGGCAUCCUCCAGAGGAUAGCUUUGGUGUACUUCGUGGUUGCUCUGAUAGAGGCAUUCACCACAAAAGUUCGGCCUACGACAGUGCGGUCCGGUCCAUAUGCAAUCUUCCACGCAUACCGAUGGCAAUGGCUAGGCGGUUUUGUCGCGUUAUUCAUUUACAUGGUCACCACAUUCUCUCUAUAUGUCCCGGAUUGGAGCUAUGUCUACCACAACGAUGGCGAUGUUAAUGACGGGAAGCAAUUUACGGUACAAUGUGGUGUGAGAGGUCAUCUGGACCCUGCCUGCAACGCAGUUGGUUAUGUUGAUAGGGUGGUUUGGGGAAUCAAUCAUCUCUACACGCAGCCAGUUUGGAUCCGAUCAAAGGAUUGUACAUUUAGCUCACCAAGGGCAGGUCCUCUCCGAGCUGAUGCUCCAGCAUGGUGUCUUGGGCCUUUUGAACCAGAAGGCUUAUUAAGUUCAAUAUCAUCGAUUCUGUCAGGGACAAUUGGGAUCCAUUAUGGACAUGUUCUCGUUCAUUUCAAGACCCACAGAGAGAGACUGAGACACUGGCUUCUGCUGGGAUUUUCUCUCCUUGCACUCGGCAUUCUUCUCCACUUCACAAAUGCCAUUCCAAUCAACAAGCAACUCUACAGCUUAAGCUAUGUCUGCUUCACGGCUGGUGCAGCUGGAGUAGUUCUUUCAGCUUUCUACAUAUUGAUUGAUGUCUGGGGACUAAGAACACCAUUCUUGUUCCUGGAGUGGAUUGGCAUGAAUGCCAUGCUUGUGUUUGUUCUAGCAGCACAGGCAAUAUUUCCAGCAUUUGUCAAUGGAUGGUACUAUGAUUCACCAGGCAAUACUCUUGUUAGCUGGAUCCAGAAGCAUGUGUUUAUCAAUGUAUGGCACUCACAAAGGUUGGGAACACUGCUGUAUGUCAUAUUUGGGGAGAUUGUCUUCUGGGGUGUUGUGUCAGGCAUCUUGCACAAGCUGGGAAUUUAUUGGAAACUAUGAGGAUUUUGGAUUUAAGUGUAAACAGCGCUAAGGAGAACCAAUUACUGUUGCUUUUACAGAUAAAGUCUGGUUUCUGAUUUGCAUGUGAUAUUAUUUUGUAUGAUGCUAUUAUUUGUAUAAUCGAAGCAAAAAUGAGAUACAUAUAUUUUAAUCUUUGAAGCAUUCUUUAGGAUAUUGAUGUUGAUGUAGUAAGUGGCCAUAUAUAUGCUUGUUCAGUGUGACAAUAUGCUAUUUACCAAAAAUCAGUAUGUAUAUCCCCUCAUGAUUUUUGUAGAUAAUGGAAGUUUUAAUUAAACUGAGUUGAUUACAUCAAGGUGAUACUACUUCACUGAGAACA